UGUAUAUAUGAUAUAUCAGUUCGUGGCUAAGAGACUUGGUCUACGUUGCGAUGUCCAAUAUCGUGAUAUGUCCGAUGUUGAUAUACCCAAUCUUUUCUGUAUAUUUUGGAAAUCAAAAUACAUCACGAAUGAUAUAGUUAAUGAACGAUGUUUUUACAUACUACGCAAGGAAUACCCCAAUUGUCUUGUCGACAUUUCAUCGUAUUCCAAGUGUUUGGUUUCUAGACCACCAAUCUACACACUAAAGAGUACCAAAAGGAUAUUCUUAUUAAUAAGAAUGUUAAAUAGGCAGUUAAUAAAGGGACUUGUAAUAUAUGAUAUAGGUAUAUUAGUCAGAGUAAAGUGGGAUAUGCUGCUUAAUUAUACGUCAUUACAUCGUGAAGACUCGUAUAACUAGAUACGAGAUUAUUACAGAAUGUUGGUUACAUAAAAAUCUUACAUAAUUCUAUAAAAGUUAUAAUUAAAAUGAAUAACUACUUACAAAGUGAAGUUCUAUUAAAAUAAAAAUAUAAAAAUUACAAGUUACAAAACACUCGUUGUGCAACAACAGUAAUUUUACCAUAUUUUAAAAUACCAUAUUUUAAAUUACCAUAGU